GAGCUUGUGUAAGGUCCCGGGCUUAUUAGCUGCUUAGCUUCGCUCCGUCGGUGAGAGAGUGGCUAAACAAUUUACACUGUGCCGCCGAGGGUAAAUAAUUAUAACCGGACGCGAUCAAAGUCGCGCGCUCAGCCGCUGUUAAUAAAGAUAUUCGAGCGCGGCGAUCCUCGUUUCGCGAUGAAGUGCUGUUUGUGCGAGGGUGUUUACGAGAUUAUGAAACUUUGAUGAGUGUUGUAUAAUCGUAAGCGGGAUAAGUGCACUUUAUCCGAUCCGAUCACGACCAUCAGCGAGCUGCAGUGAGAGAGUUUGAUUUCUUUUCUUUUCGUACGACCGAAAAAGCCUUUCGAGAUGACCAACGAGUCCGAGACAGUGUCGUCCUCGCAGCACCUGCACCAGCGCGACCAUCAGCAGAGUCAGCAUCAGCAUCAUCUCCAUGGUCACCACAUCUCGACGGCGACGCAUUCGCACCCGUCGGCCUCUCUCAGCUACUCGAUGUCGAGUACGAGCAACGCGACGAGGCCGACGACGAACGUCUCGAGUGUCAUAUCCAGCCUCGCUCAAGCGCAGAAUCUCGACCCGAUUCUUGGCGCUUCGACGUCCCCGAGCACGGAACCGCCUCGGAAACCCGGAGCUCGUCGCCAGGAGAAACCCCCGUACUCCUACAUCGCCCUCAUCGUCAUGGCGAUUCAGUCCAGCCCCGGCAAGCGACUCACCCUCUCGGAGAUCUACACGUACCUGCAGCAGCACUUCCCGUUUUUCCGAGGCUCCUACCAGGGCUGGAAGAACUCCGUUCGGCACAAUUUGAGCCUCAACGAGUGCUUCAUCAAACUGCCGAAGGGUCUCGGUAGACCAGGCAAGGGCCACUACUGGACGAUCGACCCGGCGAGCGAGUUCAUGUUCGAGGAAGGAAGCUUCAGGCGUCGGCCCCGAGGCUUCCGGCGCAAGUGCCAGGCGCUGAAGCCCCAGUACCCACAGUACUUCUCGACGGCCGCCGGAGCCGUGCAGUCACCCGGCUACGAGAACCUCACGGCCGCGGCGGUCGACUACGGCAACGGCUACCAGAACCAGUACCAGAACUACCCGGAGUACGCGAUGUACGGCGCGGCGGACUGGACGUACCCGGAGGCGACGUACAAGACUCCGCCGAUCGCCGAGGUGACCUACAAGACUACCGAAGUCACCUACAAGACCGGCGACGUUUACCGGAACGGCGAGAUCACGGCUUUCAAGAACGAGCCCGCCUACGCCAGGGGCAGCGCACAGGAACAGCCUCCGGCUUUCAGACCGACCGACGCUUUUCAGAGCAACGUGAAGGACCACCACUUGCAGCAGCAGCCACAGCAACACUUGACUCAACAGCAUCAGCUGCAGCAUCAUCACCAGGAUGUCGGUUUCAAGAUCGACGCCGACGCCGAGAACGCUUACGGCAAGUGCGGAGGUAACGUCUCGAGCUCCGUGCCGACGACGGCUGCGCAGAGUGUCAUGACUACGGGCAAUCUGGGACAAGAUUAUUACGCGGCUUACGGGAACUCGGUGCAGAAUCAGGCGAUCAACGUUAACGCCGCGAUUCAGACGAUGCUGCCCGGGUCCAGCAGUCCUGUCGCUGGGGUCAACUCGCCGCACAGCAGCUGCCAUACGCCAGUUGCCGAUCACAAUAUGAGGCUACAGUGCUCGAGCGGCGGCAGCUCGACGAGCAGCGGCGGUGGCAUCGUCGACAGGAAGCCAUACUUGGGCCACACGGCAACGGGCUCGAUGGGCCUGAACACGUCGCUGGGCUCACUCGCCGGUUCCUUGAGCCUGGGAAACAUCGGCGGACUCAGUCUACCCGGCGUCAACGUCCACUCCUCCGGCGCGUCUCCGACCACCUCUAUGUACUACGACCACAUCAAGUACUCCAUGUGAAAACUCUGACGACGUGCGUCUGUCUAUACACGGCUCCAGAGCCGAUGGGAAAUGUGAUUGAAUAGAAUUCUUAUACGUAUAUGUGCCUUUUAAUUUGAGACAAGCAGUCAUGCGUUUUUGAGUGUGUAAAUAAUUUUAACUGCGAACUGGAUGAUGCAUUUUUUCUCUUACGUGCGUGUAUUUAUGCUUAUUUUGGUUCGUCAUCAAUAUUGCUCGCGAGAGUUGAAUUUUAAAAUGCUUUGAAUUGCGCGUACAAAGCUUGCUUCAAAGAAGCUACGAUAUAUUUCAUACGAGAGUUAACGAGUGCCACCCUAGUGGAAAAAAAAUGUUAUAAAUUGUAAUAAAUUGUAAUAAAACGUAAAAAAAUGUAAGAAAAUGUAAGAAACUGUACCUUUUUGUUGGAUUUCAGACCUUUUUUCUCAUACGUUUUUGUACACUUUCUUACAUUUUCAGAUUUGUUAACUUUUUUUUACAUUUUAUUACAUUCUAUUACAUAUGUAAUGUGUAAUAUUAUUUUACCGCCUAAUAUAGUCAAUAUAUAUUUUUUAAUUAUUAAUUUUAUAAUAAAAUGUAAAAAUGCAUAAGAAAUUGCAAGAAAAAGUAAAAGAAUGUAAGCAGAAGCAAGAAAAUAAAACAGUCGCCAUUUUCUUUGUAACGGGGUUCGAUUUCAGGGGAAACUCGGCAAUAUCCGACCGGAUCACAAUCCCUCGGUGCGGCGGAGAACUCUUUCAACGCCUCUGAUUUACCCGCGUUGCAACGCAGCUCGCUGUGAGAGCUGCUUUACGAACGUCGUGUUCGCACGUGUGCUAUCUCUCCACACUCUCCUGUGCGGAACCGGCUUCUCAGUUUUGCGUUGCAACCGCUUGUUGCAACGCCCGCGGAGGCGGCGGUAUUCGCGAUGAGAACGUAGGGAACGGGAGAGAACAACUCGCGAAAAUACAGCUAGUCCCGAUUAAAACAAAACAAAAUAAUGAUAUAUUGUGCGGUCAAUAUUGUCUCUUUACAAAUGUGCGCCGAGUCACCUCAAUGUCGACUCGGCGUGGAGAGUAUCUCGCGAAGCUUACGCGCACGAACGAGAAGACCGUUACUUGGUGCCGCUGCACCAAGUCGCAAAGCUGUAGCCGCUGCUACUGCUGACGCGGUACGAAAAAAGAGCUCA